AACAUCAUGGCCGGUACCACUCAGAAAGUGAGAAUAAUGAUAAACAAAUAAUGUCAAUUUAGUGUCAGAUUAACAACUUACACCUGUUGUAACGUCCAAUAUGAAUAAUGUGGCAUGGAAACUGAUGCGGACUGUGAAGAAUCCAGGCAGAACCUUUGCUUCGACUUCUGACAUAUUCGCUGGAAUCGUUCGGAAUAAGAAUGUAGAGGGUCCAGAUAAUUUACCUCCCCCAACUUACGGAGGCAGACAUAUAGUGACAAUGCUACCAGGAAUUGGUUCUGGGCCACAAAUGAUGGAGUAUGUGAAAGAUGUAUACAGAGCAGCAUAUGUUCCAAUUGAUUUUGAAAUAAUAGAAAAAGAAGAUUCAGAUGACAUAGCAUUGAAAUCAGUUAAACGAAAUGGGGUUGCAAUUAAAGGCCAUAUUCCUUCAUUGGCUGACACCACAUCCAACGUUACCUUCCGAUCUCAUCUGGAUCUCUACGUGUAUCUGGUCCAUUGCAAAAGCUAUCCCAACAUUGAAUGCAGGAUUCCGGGUCUAGAUAUAUGCGUAUUCAGGCAGAACACAGAAGGUGAAUAUGCAAUGCUAGAGCACGAAUCGAAACCAGGAAUUGUGGAGAGCCUGAAAGUUAUAACCAAAACUAACACGGAUAGAUUUGCUAGAUGGGCAUUCGAUUAUGCAAGAAAACAAGGUCGGAAAAAAAUCACUGUUGUGCAUAAAGCCAAUAUUAUGAAAUUAUCAGAUGGACUAUUCCUGAAAACAGUAUUAGAAGUGGCGAAAGAAUACCCUGAAUUUGAAGUUAACGACCUGAUCGUUGAUAACUGUUGUAUGCAGAUCGUCUCGAAACCACAAGAAUUCGACCUCAUUUUAACACCUAAUCUAUAUGGGAAUAUCGUAACAAAUAUAAUUUGCGGACUGAUAGGUGGUCCAGGAUUAUUUUCAGGACAAAAUUAUGGCGAAACCAGUGCUGUAUUUGAAGUUGCUUCAAGGCAUAUUUCGUUUGAAGACAGUAGGUAUGUGAAUCCUGUGGCUAUGCUGAACGCAUCCAUCAACUUACUAUACCAUCUAGGAAAGAAAAACCAUGCUCGUCUAAUCAAGAAAGCUAUCUAUAAGACAUUAGUAGAAGAAAAAAUCCACACCCCUGAUAUAGGAGGAACACAUACAGGCCAAGAAGUGGUAGAAAGUAUAAAAAGGAACAUUAAAGAAGGAAUUCCUACCUCAAAUAUUUCACUUUUCUGAAACAGAUAUUGGACGUUUUUAUUUAUACCUGUAAUAAUUUAUUUACCAUUUAUUAAAUAAUAGAGAA